GCCGCGGCGGCUACGCGACGUAGCACGUAGACUCGGCCGAGCUACGAAGUUCUCGGCGUAAUAUGCCGCGUCUGUGAAGUUUCGGUGACGUUGCGAUGUGACUUGAAUGAUGUCGUUGGGAAAACUUUUGUUCUAUGUACACUUCGGACUUGUCUUCCAUGUUGUGAUUUGUUUUAAGGACACUGUGGAAGUUCCACGUUUUGAAGAUAGCCUGAACAACUUAACAGUCUCAUUGGGGAGGGAAGCAGUCUUCACUUGCGUCGUCAAUGACCUCGGCUCUUACAGGGUGGCGUGGCUACGUGUGGACACGCAGACUAUCCUGACAAUUGCAACCCACGUGAUAACGAAGAAUCACCGCAUUGCUGUGAAUCACAGUGACAGACGUGUGUGGUUUCUACACAUACACGAUGUCAGGCAGUCGGAUCGUGGCUGGUACAUGUGCCAGCUGAACACUGACCCCAUGAAGAGUCAGACAGCAUAUUUAGAUGUCGUAGUGCCACCAGACAUUCUGGACUACCCGACGAGUAGUGACCAGGUGGCUCGUGAAGGUGCCAAUGUAACGUUGCGGUGUGCCGCGCAUGGUGUUCCCACGCCUUCUGUGGUGUGGCGCAAGGAGUUUGGGGAUAUACUCCCUACCACCAAUUUUAGCGAUACUCAUAAUUCAUCAGUAAAUGGAGCUGUAUUACACUUAGUGAAGGUGUCUCGAUUACACAUGGGGCCAUAUCUCUGCAUAGCCAGCAAUGGAGUACCACCUUCGGUCAGCAAACGAGUUAUGCUUGUCGUGCAUUUUCCCCCAAUAAUGACUAUACAGAACCAACUUGUUGGGGCGAAAGAGGGCGACACCGUGCAUCUCGAUUGUCAUUCUGAAGCUUUUCCUAGAUCUAUUAAUUAUUGGACGAUAAAUGAUCAAAUCAUAUCACAGUCGGACAAAAGGUUCGAGAUAGCAGCUAUUGAAAGGGGUUACGAAGUAGACAUGAAGCUAAAAAUAAAGAAAGUUGGCCGAACAACUUUCGGCACCUACAGCUGUAUAUCGAAAAAUUCUCUCGGUGACACCGAUGGUACCAUCAAAUUGUAUUCAUUGUCGGGAAAAUUCGAGGAGAUGCAAUACAACGAGAUUGACUCGGAUGAAACCCCUGACGUGAGUGAACUAGAGGCGCUAAAACGCAGCGCAGCAUUCCGUACGAGUUUGUCACUCGCACUCAUAGUGGUGCCUAUUGCCACAUUAUAA